GACUUGCACCGAUUCGUUGAACAGGUACGAGGACCUAAAGCCUCCAACUUCUCCAUGUCCAACACCAAGGAAGUUGUAGAAAAAGUUACUGCCCACCGAUUUCUCAUUCAAAAUUUCCUCGAGGACCUGCUCAUUGAAGGACCUGCACGGACUAUUUACUUGUGAUUCAUAAGAGGCAAAGAAUUGAAAUCGCAGGAGUACUUUUCGGGUUUUGUCUGUGGAAGAACCAAGAAGACGACGGACGAACUCAACGACUGUCGAUAAAUGGACGGAGACAGCCAAAUUGCGACGGAAUCGCAGACAACAUUCUCCAUCGAACCGUCUACGGCGUUAGCAUACCUCGAUCCUCAUUACUGGGAUCAGAGGUUCGCUCAUGAGGAGCAUUACGAAUGGUUCAAAGAGUAUUCACAUUUCCGGCAUCUCAUCCAACAGCACGUUGAACCGAAUUCCUCUGUAUUGGAGGUGGGGUGUGGAAACUCGCAGUUGUGUGAAGAACUGUACAAGGAUGGAAUUACAGAAAUAACGUGCAUUGAUUUGUCUGCAGUUGCUGUGGAGAAGAUGCAGAAAAGGUUACAAUCCAAGGGAUACAAAGAAAUAAAAGUGCUGGAAGCUGAUAUGCUAGACCUUCCAUUUGGCAAUGAGUGUUUUGAUGUGGUUAUCGAGAAAGGAACUAUGGAUGUAUUGUUCUUGGACAGUGGUGACCCCUGGAAUCCACAGCCUGCAACAGUAAGCAAGGCAAUGGCCAUGCUUCGAGGUGUUCAUAGGGUUCUUAAACCAGAUGGCAUUUUCAUCUCAAUCACUUUUGGCCAGCCACACUUCAGGCGCCCUUUAUUUACUGCGCCAGAAUUCACCUGGUCUGUGGAGUGGAAUACUUUUGGAGACGGAUUUCAUUAUUUCUUUUACAUCUUGAGAAAGGGACGGAGAUCAUCAGAGAGUAAUGGACUUACGAAGAAGUUUGAGAUGCCCUCUGUUUCUCUUUUUCACGAUGAAUUAGAAACAGAAGAUUAUCUUUUCCGGACCAACCUUGAUGAAGUGGAAGACUAAUCUAAACUGAUUGCAACUUUUUGCUUUUGCUCUGCUGUAAUCCUGGUUUCAUUCCAUUUUCAUUGCAGACCAUGGCUGUUAAAUGUUGUAAUACCAUAGCUCUGAACGUGAUAGCGGUUCUGCUCGACAUGCUCGAAUUCGAUUCCCUGACGGGUCACUGAAGUAGGAAGCAUUUGCUUAUUAGAAAAAUUUGUCUGGUACGAAGUUGAUCUGUGCUUCCUACCAUGUUUGACAGAAGGGCUUUUCGUUGUGUAUAAUAAUGUAAUCUGUUUCUAAGUUUGUCUUGUCCAAUGCAAUUGUUUUUUGUUUUAUUUUGUGAGUUGGACCAUGGACUUUGACUUCUGAAGAUGGUGAAGGCCAUAGUGUGGUCCUAAUAUGG